UCUCCAAGUGGGUCUCUGUAGCCAUGGAGCUCGUUGCCAACUACGUGGACUACAACUCCCAGCAGUCCCUCUCCGCCGUGCUUCGCUGGUGCGACACGGCGGGCACCGUCCCGCUGCGCGACGUCGCCGACGUGGCCAAGCGCCAAAAGCUGCUGGAGCAGUGGACGCGCUACGCGGUGAUGCGGUCCAUCAAGCUGGAGAUGCAUUUGAGGGGAAAGGAAUGGGAAGGGCUCUUCGCGGAUUCCAUCAGCGGCACAGCUGUGACAAUUCAUCCCAGCCUCACCCGGGUUGGACGGACGAGCUAUACCAUACAAAACAAGGUGACCAAGUCCGACAGCCAGCAACCGCUGGCGACCGUCGAGACGGUCAUGGUGCAACUGGACGCGUCGCUGUCCAAGGCGGUCCCUCUGACCUGCAGCGAUGAGCUGAGAAAUCUCUGCCGUGAUGUGCCCAGCUUGGCUGAACGGCUUCCGGAGACUUUUGCAAAGAGACCUGCGACCGAAGAGUGCUAUCUCUGGGCCUGUGAGGUGAGGCCCUCCGAUUGCGACCUCUUGGGGCACAUGAACAACGCCAACUACGCCACGCUCUUCGACGAUGCGCGCCAUGCAGCGGGCUAUGGUGUGGAUGUGAAGCUGGCACACAUUGACUACGUUUUGCAAGCGCAAGCCUUCGAAAAACUGACCAUCGCAGUGUGGCGCGGAAUGACCGAGCUGCACCUCAACCUGGAGAUGAUCAACGCGGCAGGUGCCACGGUUGCGCGAGCUUUCAUGGUGACCUUCGAUCCCCUGAGUCGCCUUUGAGUUCAUCAAAGCAUAGGGCGGGAUGUUUGGUGAAAUGUCCCUGAAAUGGAUCAGAUCAAAC